AUGGGGGUACCACUUUUGUCUGCCAAUAGAAUAAAUCGCUCUGGUCAUUCACGCGAGUCUUCAACGUCGCACAGUCCUUCUUCUCUCAAGCUUAAUAUCUUUGGUCCGGUAGAUAUUAAUAAACCGGGGUCAAGUGGGUCAUCUAGAAAGAGAGCCGAUGAAUUUGGAAAAACCGCUGGUGGCAGCUCUUCAUCUUUGUCGACUUUAACGGCGCAAAGGACUGUCACCACAGAUAUUUCUGAAGCUGUAGUGGUGGAUCUUGAUAUAUCCAAAUGCGAUACGUCUCCCACUUUGAUAGAGGACUUUCGUAAAGCUCUGAGAAUAUCGGAGCGGGAAAAUCUAGGUGUGUUGCCGCCCAUUGAUAAGGAUAUAGAGCAUUUAAGCGAAGUUGACUGGAAAUUAAUGUUUGAGACUAGUCGUAUUCGUACUCUAGAGGUUUUGGGAGAAGGAAAUGGAGGCUCGGUGAAAAAAUGUCGCCUUGAAAACCGUAAGGGACAGAUAUUUGCUCUUAAAACUAUAACAGCGGAUCCAUCGCCUGAAUUCCGGAAGCAGAUCGUUCGAGAGCUUAACUAUAAUAAGCGAUUCAUGAGCGAUUACAUAGUGAAGUACUAUGGUACUUUUCUCAAUGAAUCGGACGCAUCGAUCUGCAUCUGCAUGGAAUACAUGGCAGGUCGAUCCCUUGAUGCAGUUUAUAAAGUUUUCAAAGAAAGAGAUGGUAGGAUCGGUGAAAAGCCGUUAGGAAAAGUUGCUGAGGGUGUCUUGAAAGGCCUUUCAUAUUUAAACGAGCAGAAAAUCAUGCAUAGAGACAUCAAGCCUCAAAACAUAUUAUUGGAUGCCCACGGUGUUGUGAAACUGUGCGAUUUUGGAGUUUCUGGUGAGGUUGUUAAUUCCUUGGCAACUACUUUCACUGGUACUUCUUUCUACAUGGCUCCAGAAAGGAUUAGAAAUGAACCCUACACGAUUAGCUGUGACGUCUGGUCCUUAGGAUUAACAUUACUUGAAGGAGCCAUGGGCAGUUUUCCGUUCACUGCUCAAAGUUCUAAUUUGGAGAUCUCCCCUAUCGACUUGCUUCUUAUUAUUCUUGAGUUCAAGCCAAGCUUAGAGGAUGAGCCUGAGGAAGAUAUCCAUUGGUCGGCCAGCUUUAAAGAUUUCAUCAAAGUUUGUCUCACUAAGGAGAGUCGAAAGAGACCAUCUCCAAGGCAGAUGCUUGAGCAUCCUUGGGUUAAGGGACAAAUGCGUAAGAAGGUCAAAAUGGAAAAGUUGGUUCAAUACUGUCGGGAACUAUCUCAGGUUUAG